GCAUAUGCCACAUAUUUUCGCGAAUCUUUCAUGCGGGCGAUUUUUGUUAUUUGGUGUUCUUUAUAAUCUCAAUCAGUCACACAUCUGAAAUCAAGAAUUGCUAAAAGACCACACAUUUUAAGUAUAUUGGCGUAAAACUGAGGAGAUGUGUUACCAGUGGGACCAUAUAGCAGAGCUGCAGUUGGAGGUGUCAGGGCUGGGCACUGAGAACGCCAGUGAUGUGAAAUGCCACUGCACAAGGGCUUUUAUUGGUGAUGGUUGGCUGUACAAGAAAGGCCUGUAUGUGGAGGAGGAUGGGGGAGAAGACUCUGGUACUGAACCUGAAAUUAAUGAUGUGGAUGAGCAACAGUAUGGCAAGGAAGAUUAUGGUGAGGCACUAGAAACCAGCAACCAGUAUGAAGUAGACUCUGUAGAAGCUGAUGAUGAAAACUGCAAGCAUGAUUCAGAAGAGGAUGAGGGCGAUGAAGAUGAUUUGGAGCUGACAGAUGAGCAGAGAGAAGAAUUGAGAAUGAUGCAGCAGAUGGGCUUACCUGUUAACUUUGCCUUUGGGAAAUCUAAGUCAGCUGGGACCUCAAAGACCGGAAAGAAUAGAGGUAAAAAGAGAAAAAAGGCAAAACAAAGGAAGCAGAAAACAAUUAGUGAACCUGAAUACUCAAAUAUUAAUGAUAUAAAUCAAACAUCAAACAUCUUUAGUGAGAUUGACGAUGAAACCAUAAAGGCAACUUUGGGGAAGAAAUCAGAAAAUGGUCUGAAAAAUCCUCACCUAGUUGGCUAUGACCUUGAAACUGUCUGGCAGGAUUACUGGGGUAAAUAUGGGGAAUAUUUGGUAUGGGAAGGCUGGGUGGGCAAAUACCCGGACCAGAUUGACUAUGACAACACUCAGGCUGUGCCAGCUAUAGCUGUAAUAGAGGUUGACACUAAUAAUGAUGUGGAUGCCAUGGAUGGGAUGGUUGAGAUGAAUAAAGAACAUGGAGAUUCUGUUAUGUGUAAUAGAAUUAAUUACAUUGAUGGUAUAGAAAAUAAGAAAAUAAAUGAAGUGUCUUGUGAUUAUAAUGGAGACCAUGUCACACAUUUAGAUGAAAACAAUGUGGCUUCAAUGAGUAAAUUUGAUGGUGCGGGUGAUGAUAAGAACAAACUGGCAAAGGAUGUCAACAGUAUCAGCAGGAAUGGAAGAAGUGAGUUGGAAACUGUAUGCUCAAAUGAAAAUGAGAAGGGCCAGCAUAACAGGCUAUUGAAUAGGGUUGUAGAAAAUGUGUGCCCCAAUUUAAAAGCUGAUAUAGUUGCUAGGCUUCAGAAUCAAACUGAACAGUUUGAUGGUAAUACAGGUGAAGUCUUGUCUAGCGGUUGUAACACAGAACAAGAUGCUGAAAACUUUGCAAACAGACUAAGUGAAACUACAAAAAUGAUGCAUAACUAUACAUGCCAGUCUCAAUCCAUGUAUUGUGGUGCUGAAAAAUUUGGUCGAAUGAGAACAUUAACCGAAGUAGAACAAGCGGUAGAUGAAAAUAAGACUGACACAGAUAAUGAUAUGGAAAAAGAUAUGAAUGUUGUUCAACAUGGAAAUAGAGAAGUUGAAAACGAGGUUGAUGAUGGAGGUUAUAGCGAGGCAUGGACAGAGUUGUGGAAUGACCACUACACAGAGAGUUACUGGUACUACUAUAACCAGUUUGCUGAGAAAUUCAGGAAAAUAGCUUUGAAUGUAGAACCAGAGGCUUGUGUUGCUGAGGGUAUUGCUGUUGUUGAUGAACAUGGUCAACUCUGUGUUGUGAAGGAUGAGAAUGAAUUGGAAAGUGUGAGAGCUAAACUAAAUGGAUCAUUACAAGAUUUACUUGUAGAAGAGCAACAAAAUGCUAAAUCCAGUGAUGAAGUUAUUUUAUUUAUGGACAGUGAGCACAGUGCCUGUGAAAGUAAUGAUAUUAACAAUCAAAGUGGAACCAUAGAUGCAUUGAACACACAAAAUAUCAUAUAUGUUAUUGAAGACCCUGAUAAUCCAGGUGGAUUGGCUGCAUUGGAGAACAUGACUCAAGAGGAACUUGCCAAACUUACUGAGGAGAUUUCAACGUGUUUGAAUGGUUGCAAUCUAGGAGACGGAUCAGAUGUGACUCCUGCCAUAGAUGUUGAAACCUAUGACUCCAGUCACAAUGAUCAAUGUCCAGACACAGAUGAACCAGUCGAUGGCAGCAGACGACAACGUAAACAGCGUGUAGAGAGGACCAGACAGCAGGGUCUCAGUCAGUCUGGUGGGACAUCCGCAUUCCUGCCUUUGUCAGGGGGUUACAGUCAUGAUGGAAAGGGGGGCAAUUCUGGUGAUGAUGAUCCACCUGAGGAAAGGCCAAUUACUCUGCCUCACAGCCAUGCCAUAGAUGCCACAUUGCCUAAAGAGGAGGAGGAGGAUACCAACUCUGCUCUGAGGGCUCUAGGCUUUGCUGUCCCUGAAGAUGAAACAUGCUCAGACAGUAAGAAGCCACGCAUCCAGGUUGGGGUGUUGAAGUAUCUCACAAAAAACAUAAAGGCAAAAUCUAAACAGUUGAAUAUGGGAAAGAAUCCAGCACACAUCAGAUUUGAUUCAGAUGGCAAUGAAAUAAAAGUAAAAGCAAGCAAAACAUUAAGUAAAGUGAAACAUUUUCUUGCUGCCUCAGGUAAAGAUAAUGUUGAAACCAUUCCUGAAAAUGCAAUUAUACCUGAUGAGGCUCUUAAUGCUGACAGUGGAAGUGAUAUUGACGAGGAAGUGAUGGAGAUUUUAAGUGUAAAAAGAACAAGUAAAGAAAAACCUGAAAAUCAGAAUAAAACUGGAGUGCCACCAAGUUUAAAUAGAACAGAUUCAAAACCUGAGGUGCAUAAAUGGAAACCAAACAGUAAGUCAAAUGUUGAUGACUUGGUUGAAAGCAUGGUGAAUAAAAUGCAAACAGGGUCAACAGUGGUGGCAAGUGAUCAUGUGGAACAAAUGGUUGAUGAAAAUGAACAAACUGAGAAUUUUGGUGUGCCAGUUUGCAUUAGGGCUGCCAUGGAAACAAUAGAAGAAAGCCAAGAAGAAAGGGAACCAGUGCAAUAUGAUCUAGAUAUGUGGAAUGAAAAUGUCGACAUUGAGAAAGUCAGUGAAGACAAUUUGAACAAACAUUUAAAGGCUAAGAGAAAAGGAAAAAGACGAAGGAAAGGCCAGGCUAGCGUGCCAAUGACUGAAGAAAUUGCCAAUGAUUCUGAGCUGAGGAAAUAUUGGGCACAGAGGUAUAGACUGUUCUCCAAGUUUGACGAGGGAAUCAGAAUGGACAGAGAGGGCUGGUUCUCUGUGACCCCUGAGAAGAUUGCUGAGCAUGUUGCGGACAGAUGUCGCUGUGAUGUCAUAGUGGACGCAUUUUGUGGAGUAGGCGGAAACACCAUACAGUUUGCCUUCACAUGUGAAAGAGUUAUAGCUGUAGAUAUAGACCCACACAAGAUAGCCCUGGCCCGCCACAAUGCUGCGGUGUACGGUGUGGAGGACAGGAUAGAGUUCAUUGUUGGGGACUUCCUGAAGGUCGGCCCCACCCUGAGGGCGGAUGUUGUGUUCCUGUCCCCACCCUGGGGCGGGCCCCAGUACCUGGCUGCAGACAUAUUUGACCUUGAGACCAUGAUGGCCGUCAAUACAUUCGAGAUAAUGAGGGUGUCCCAACAGAUCUCUCAGAACAUAGCCCUCUUUGUCCCUCGAAACACGAACAUAAACCAGUUGACCAGUCUGGCAGGUCCAGGUGGCAAGAUGGAAAUGGAGCAGAAUUUCUUGAAUAAGAAGCUAAAGACCAUUACUGCCUACUACGGGGAACUGGUGCUGGAUGGGGAGGAAGUGGAGGCAAAAGAAGGAGCAGAGGUUAAUGAAGAAGAAGCAGAGAUUGCUGACGUAGAUGUUGAGGUUGCUAAAGAUGGAAAAAGUUAAAUAGAUUAAGAUGUUGAAGAAUGGGAAAUCAUUCAAACUUUGAAGACUUUGGAGAGGAUAUGGUUUCUUGAUCAGGACGAGGGGGAUGAAGUGGAAGAAGACUGAAGUUGCUGACAACAUAUCAAGUGGAGAGAGUUUACUGGCUGACAUUUGCUAAGAUGACAGGAUUAAAGCAUCUUAAGACAUAAACAACAUUUAAGUCUAUAAAUUUUGAAGAUGAUGUUGGGGAUUAAGUUAAUCUUCUAAAAUAAUUAAGGAGGAUAUAGGUGGAAGAACUUUGGAAUUUCUUAGUAGACUUUACAACUACAAGUACAAGCACUGUAAUAGUUUUAUGUUCAAAACAACAACAUUUAAGCUGUCUUACAUAUACAUUUUUAUGCCCCCGAAGGAGGGCAUAAAGUGAUCGCACUGUCCGUCCGUCUGUCUGUCUUUCCGUCACACUUUUGCGUUUAGGUUUAGAAAAAUGCUCAUAACUUCUAUGUCGCUUCAGAUGUAACCUUCACAUUUGGUAUGCAUGUGAAUAUGGACAAGGCCUUUCCAUACGCACACAACUUUUGACCCCUUGACCUUGAACUAAGGGUCUGCAUUAAGGUUUUGAAAUCUGCGUUUAGGUUUCGAAAAAAGCAUUUUUCGGGGGCAUAUGUCUUCCGAUGGAAUACAGCUCUUGUUAUUUAUGCUUCUGCUUGUGUGAAGUAUUUUGCAGGGUUUAAUCAGUGAUAUCACAUUAUCAUGUUUUGCAUGCUAAUUAAUUAAACAUAAAUUCAUUAUUCUAUUGAACUGUUUACAACUUUGUUUGGUUUGGAAAUCAUGCUUCAUUUGUUUUUGACAAUUGAAGACUUCACGUUCUUAUUUUUAAACAUGCCUUAGGUAUAACAAUAGUUUCACAAUGUUAAGGGCUGUUUUUAACAGUAUUUGAGACUUCAUGAGCUGUGUUUGUAAUGCGUACAAAUAAAUAAUGUUUGUUC